AUUCCGCCUUAAAAUUAAGCACCCGCCCUUUUUUUUGUUUAUCCUGCACUUUGGGUUCUGUGCCGAUCUGCAGCCAAAGUCAGAAAAGUGAAUGAACUGCCUUUUGUAGACAUCAACGUAUACGAAUCGCCCGCUUACUACGAUCCACUCUCUCAUUGGUCAGCUACUUUUGUUGCCACAGCGAUAGCGUAGUAACAGAGUUGUAACUCCACCCUUUAUGACAUACAUGGAAGCACUACGCCCUGUGGUCGCGCCGUGAUUGGUCAACGCGUGUUCGCCAGCCAAUGUUUGUAAAUUGUCGUCGGCAGACUCCGCUGUGCGUAGAUCUCAGCGCGCAAAUGUUUUUCUUAUGUUGAUAAACAUUCCUUGCUUGGUUUGAUUUAAAACUUUGUAGCCGUUAGAAACACCUAUUCUGAAACCAGUGACUACCGUGUAGAUCUUCUCAAACAUAACAAGAAACAGACUCCAGGCCGCGGUCUAUGAUGGUUUUUAGUCAGAUGGAAGCCGGUAAAGCUUUGACGACAGCGGCCGCUAACGGCAGAACCGUGGAGGUCCAGAUGAUCCUGGAGGAGCUCAGAGUACAUCCCGAUACUCCCAACGAGUUCGGCCGCACCGCCUUACAGGUCAUGAUGAUGGGGAGCCCCAAGAUUGCGACAUUGCUCUUGCAAAAUGGUGCCGACGCCAACAUCCAGGACAAACAUGGGAUAGCACCAGUCCACGAUGCAGCUCGUACAGGAUUCCUUGACACCCUGCAGGUGCUGGUGGAGUUUGGUGCUUCGGUGAACCUCCCGGAUCACAGGGGUGCCCUGCCGAUCCACAUUGCCAUCAGGGAAGGCCACUGUAAUAUUGUAGAGUUCCUGGCGCCACGGUCCGACCUGAAGCACGCCAACACCAGUGGUCAAACCGCGGUUGACGUGGCGCGAGCUUCAUGUGUACCUGGUAUGAUUGACUUGCUCUUUGCGCAUAUUCAUAGUUAGAAUACUGCAUAACCCAAACGACACUGCUUCAAACCUGGUGACUUGAAUUCAUUGCUGUGCAGAGGAUUAUUAUUAUUAUUAUUUUGUUGUUUGUUGUUGAUGGCGGCUCAGCAUUAAUAUGUGAAUUGGGACGUACUCUCUUGGCAGCUUCUUUUCAGUGGGUGGGUGGCUCUUUUGCACAGUGCGAUUUAGGCACCUUUUCCCUAUUAUCUGGGAAUGCACAUUUAUAGAUAGUUUUUUUUUCUCCAGGGUUUUCAUUGCAUUAUUUCCAUUUUGUAAAAAAAAAAUGUGAAUUGUUAAUGCUUGGUUUUUGUUUGUUUGUUUUUAACAAAACUUGACAUGUCCAUCCUCGUUGCUUUGAGUAGUUGUGGUUCUCUUAAUUAGAUGCACUUAGAAUUUGCUCUUAUUUAUUGUUGGAGUAGGACUGAAUAUUUCUCAGUUUAUGAAUUGACUUUUUUACAAUUUGUUGAAAUGUUAUUUAUACAAGUACUUUUAAAACAAGAGUGGAAUUAUUCACUUGACUAUUUCAAGAUGAAAUUAAAUAAAUAAA